CAGGGCCUGAGUCCUCCUCACACAAACAAGCUCCUGAAGAAAAGAGGGAGCAGACAGAGGAGGGAAUAAGAAGAAGAAAAAAAACAACAUAGAAAGAAAAAAAAAAAAAAGCCAACAGGUUGAUCUGGAUUUCCAUCAAGGGUUCCACCCUCCUCCGUUUAAUGAACAUCGCAGAACAGGUGCUUGGAAUUCAUUAGCAGCCACAAGCGCAGCAGACGGAACCGCGCCGGCCCCGCCGCUCCUCUCUCGGAGGCAGCAGCAGCCACAAACCUUGAGCCCUUCCCCGCCUCUCCCUCCCCCGGAGCCAGCCCGGCCAUGACCAACCCCAGCUCUGCCUUCUCCAGCGGCUCGCUGUGCUCCGGGGAGGCGGCGGCGAGGAUGAGCCGGGGCCGGGCCGCCGGGAGCCCGAGCCCGGAGCGCCGCAGCCCCGACGGCGGCACCAGCGACGGGCCCGGCUCGCUGGGCAGCGACGGGCACGGCUCCCCGGGCAGCGGCUCCCCGGGCAGCCUGCGCUGCUCGCCCUUCCCCGGCAUGGGCCGGCUGCCGCCCCCCGUGCGCCUGGACAUCGACACCGAGUUCCAGGCCGUGCGGCAGCAGGAGAAGGAGGACAUCAAAGUGCUCAACAACCAGUUCGUGACCCUCAUCGAGAAGGUCCAGAGCUUGGAGCAGCAGAACAAGAUCCUGACAACCAGGUGGAACUUCCUGAAGGACCAGGACAAUUCCCACUCUGACUCGGACAUCAAGGCCAUCUAUGAGCAGUAUGUGAGCAAAAUGAACCAGGAGAUGAAGGCGCUCAACUUCGAGCAGGAGAACCUGGAGUCGGAGCUGGCGAAGGUGCUGAGCACCAUGGAUGCCUUCCGGAGCAAGUACGAGGAUGAAAUUCGCCUCUGCAGCGGGAUGGAAUUCACCUUCAUGGAGCUCAAAAAGGAUUUGGAUGUGAGCACCUUGCACCGCACGGAGCUGGAGGUGAAGCUCAAAGGGCUCCAGGAGCUGCUGGAGCUGAAGAAAACCAUCUAUGAGCAGGAGCUGGAGGAGCUGCUGACAGAAAUCAAGGACAUCUCCGUGGUGCUGGGGAUCGACAGCUGCUCCCGGCCGGACCUGGGCAGGAUCGUGGAGGACGUCAGGGCCCAGUACGAGGCUCUGGCCCUGCGCAGCUGGGAGGAGGCCGAGGCACUCACCCGGAGGAAGCUCACCGACAGCAGCUCCCAGCCCGGCUCCUUCGGGGGGCACCUCCUGGACAGCCGGAGGGAAAUCGCGGAUCUGAACAUCCGCAUCCAGAAACUGCGCUCCUGCAUCGUGUCCCAGAAGAGCCAGUGCCUGUACCUGGAGGAGCACAUCCGCGAGGCUGGCGAGCAGGGCGAGGGGACCCUGAGGGACGCCAAGGCCAAGGUGGCCGGGCUGGAGGAGGCCCUGCAGCGCAGCAGGGAGCACAUGGCUCACCUGGUCCGCGAGUACCAGGAGCUCAUGAACAUCAAACUGGCCCUGGACGUGGAGAUCCUCACCUACAGGAAGCUCGUGGAAGGGGAGGAGAACAGCAUGGAGCAGCCCAUCCCCACCAUCAUCAGCGCCGUCCACUCCCGGCCCAGGCCUCUUUCUGCCAGCACCCUGCGGAACUCGCGGCUCUUUGCGCGGGGCUCGGGGGAGCCCAGCGGGGGCGGCCCCGGGAGGGACCCGGACACUGCGGGAGCUGCGGACACCGGGACCCGGCCCAAGCUCAGCGCCGGGGCCCCCGGGGAGUGCUCCUAGGAGAUGGAUGGACACGGAGCCCAAGCACCUGGGAAGCUCCUCCUCCUCCUCAACUCCAGCCCACUGCAAGGGAUGAAGGAUGGGGGUCCUGUCCAGGCUGUCCCUUGGCGUUCCACCAUCCCAGUUCACAUCUCCAUUCCCAGUUACAGCAGGAACCACCCCAGCACUUUAGGGACUCUCCCAUUCCCUUCUCCUUCCUCUCCAAGGCUCCCUUCCCAGGGGAUUUUCAGUCACCCCUUGGAAUGUGCCCAGCAGGAGGGAAGUGUCCCUACCCCAGCUUUAGCAGCUGCCAUUGGUCCCUUUACUGCUGUUGCCGAACCCUUUCCUUGCUCUGACAGGGAUUCCAAGGAAAGCACCAUCCAAAUUCCACUCAGGGGCAGAGGGAGGAAAACAACCCCAGGGAUGGAUUUGUCACCAGGAUUGACAGACAUGGUGACACCCUGGGGCACCCUUGGCCACCUCAGGGCAUUCCCUGCCUUCAGGGGGCCCCUCAUUCCUUCACCAAAGCUAAAAUGCCUCAAAACUCUUGAUUCCCAUAAUCUCUCCCUCUCUCCAGGCUCCACACAGCAGUUCCAGCUCCUAAAGUUGGGGUAUUUAAGUUGGUUCCUAUUAAACUGCACUGGGAACAGCCUGGUUGGGGUUGGGAGGGACCUCAAAGCUCACCCCAUCCCACCCCUGCCAUGGGCAGUGACACUUUCCACUGUCCCAGGUUGCUCCAAGCUCCAUCCAGCCUGGCCUUGGGCACUUCCAGAGAUCCAGGGGCAGCCACAGCUGCUCUGGAAAAUCCAUUCCAGGACCUCACCACCCUCACAGGGAAGAAUUUCCUUCCUAAAAUCAAAUCCAAAUCUUCCCUCUUUCAGCCCGGAGCUGGAAAACUCCCUUGCCUUCGUAUUUAUUGACCUCAGCUUGUACCUGAUCCCGCUGCCCCCAUGGGCCAAUCCCAAUCCUGAUGCUCCAGAGCUCCCAGAGCCAGCCCUGGAAGGGCCAGGUGGCCACAGGUGGGGGAUGCUGUGGCCUCUUCCCAACCUCACCCACAAUCCUGCAGUAUUUUCCUUCCUGGCCCCAGCCAUUGCCACUCAGCCCCCCCGAAUUCCCAGAUUCUGGUCCCCAUUCCCACAUUCCCGUAGGAUAGGAAGCACAGCUCUGGCUUUCAGGGUUUGGCUGUCACAAUAAAGUUCUGUC